CCGGUUGUGCAGCAGCCAUUUUGUCUGUUCGGGCAGCAAGUCUACCCUGACGAUCGAGAACUGCAGUUCCGUCUUAAAGAAAACAAUGUGAAAUUUUAUCCCAGCGUUAAUAUUUCCCGUUAUCUACUAUCUAAAAAAUCAAAUCACAAUUUUACAAGCCGAGGUGGGCGGCAGAACCCCCGGAUUUGAGUGUAAAAAACUAAAAGGCGCUGGUGUCUGGUUACGACAUGUCGAGCGAAGAGAGCUACCGGGCCAUCAUCCGCUAUCUGACCGAUGAGAGGGAGCCCUACGCGGCAGGGACCCCCGGGAACACCAAGAGAAAGAUCCGCAAAGCAGCGACAUGCUACGUGGUCCGCAGCGGGACUUUGUUCUACCAGAGGCGGCUGAAGGGACAGAAUGACUUCACGGAGCUGGAGGUGGUGCUGCAGGACGGCCGGAGGAGGGAGCUCAUCACCGCGGAGCAUGUUGCCUCUGAGGGCGGGGAACACCUGAACCAGCAGCUCACCUGGGACUCCAUCUCACAGAAGUACUGGUGGAGAGGUAUCCUGAAGCAGGUGAAGGACGUCAUCAGAGAGUGUCCGGAGUGUCUCAACAGACGCAGCUCAGAUGAUGGCGCUGGAAAUCGACUUUUCGCCCGACCGGCGCGACGCAGAACGACCACCAACGCUAACGAUGAGGAGGAAGAGGAGGAAGAAGAGGGAGAUAGCUUAGUCUUCGCUGACCCGUCUUCUCAACAGAGACACAAAGUGACGGCCAAACACGAACUCGUCUUUGUGGACAGUAAGGGCGAGGUGAAUCAGUUCCUGCCCAAACACAGCCAGACGAUGCUGGACAAACUGAACCAGCAGCGCCUCACUAACCAGUUCUGUGACAUCACGCUGCUCAUCGAGGGAGACGAGUACCGAGCGCACAAAGCCGUCCUCGCCGCCUGCAGCGAAUACUUCAACGAGCUCUUCUUCGAGAAGGGAGCCGCGUCCACACACGAGGCCGUGGUCGACCUGUCCGGUUUCACUAAAGCCAGCUUCCUGCCUCUUCUGGACUUCGCCUACACCUCCAUGCUCACCUUCAACUUCUGCGUCAUGGCCGACAUCGCCAACCUGGCCCGACACCUUCUGAUGACGGAGGUGCUGCAGAUCUGCGAGUCCGUGCACAAGAAGGUGGAGGAGCAGAAGCUGACUGUGUACCAGAGGGGAGACGUUCACACCGUGGUGUCCAUGCAGCCGGCCAAUCAGGACAGCUCUAAGAAGGACGAGGGCUUCGUGGUCACCAUCGAGAGCGACGGCAGUGCAGUGGUGACACAAAAUGGCGGAGAGCCUUUGGCGUUCGUUUCAGCGUCUGAGGAGGGGUUCGUCCCACAGAUGGAGGUCUCUGAAGGGAGAGAGGAUCAGAUGGAGAUGGAGAUGGAGGCGGGAGAAUCAGAAAACGUGGCUCUGAUCGCUAACAGUGAACAGCUGGAAGCAGGGGAGACCAUGACGUUGAUUUCCCGCGGUGCAGAGGAAGGGGACACGAUGACGGUGGUGACUCACAGCGGGCAGGCGGGGGCUAGCGAGAGUUUAGCGGUGGUUUCGGCGUGUUUGGCGAUGGAGGAGGAGCCUCAAAACGCUGAAGCUACCGUGGGGUUUGUCUUAAACGUCGAACCGGACAAAAUGAGCCUCUCGGAGGACGUCAAACUUUCUUCUUCCUCCCCGACGGCGUCUCCUCAGGUGGAAGAAGCAGAAGCAGCAGCGACACCGACACCGCAGAAACGAAAGAGAGGACGUCCGGCUAAAGUGAAGAAGGAGGAGGUGUUGGAGGAGGUGGAGGAGGUGGUGCCGCUGGAGGAGGAAGAUACGCUGGAGGACGAUGAGAACAACGGAGAGAGACUGGAGUCAGACGAGCCCACCAGGAGGAGGCUGAGGCAGCGCUCCAUCGCUGAGGGGGGGUACGCUCGACUACACAUGGGCCUGGAGGAGGAGGAGGGGAAGAAAGCCUCAACACCCCCACGACCCACAACCCCAAAGGUGGUUUUGAGGCCCGGGAAGAGAGGGAGACCUCCAAAGCACCCGGUGGAUCCUCAGCAGGAUGAAGGAGCUCAGUGUGUGUCUGAGGAGGGGGCGGAGCCACAGGUCAGCGCCACGGAGAGCGAGACGCCGACCCGAGAGCCAAUCACAGAGGAGGCCGGGGAGAAGGAGGCGGAGCCAGAGAGCGGUGGGGUGAAGCCGGAGCAGAAAGCAGCUGACGGAGAGCACAGCUGCUCCGAGUGCGGCGCGUCGUUCCAGAGACGAUACGCCCUCAUCAUGCACACGCUCAAACACGAGAAGGCCCGCGGGUACAAGUGCAGCUUGUGCAGUAAGGAGUUCCAGUACGCCGCCUCUCUGCGCGCUCACCUGGCCCGACACAAGCAGCAGAGCAGCCAGCGCGCUCCGGUCAUAAAGCCCCCCGUGGAGCCCCCUGCUGAGAGGGGGGGGGGCGACAGCGACCUGGAGGACAAGACCCAGAGUCCCAACACCAAGCGGGAGUUUGUGUGCGACAUCUGUGGGAAGACGCUCCCCAAACUAUACUCUCUGAGGAUCCACAUGUUGAACCACACCGGCGUGCGACCGCAUUCCUGCAAGGUGUGCGGGAAGACGUUCGCCCACAAGCACAGCCUGAAGAUGCACCGCGCGCUGCACGACGUCACCAAGCAGUUCCAGUGCGAGUUCUGCAAGAAGUCCUUCGUCAGCAAGAGGAGCAUGGAGGAGCACACCAGCCUGCACACAGGUGAAUCAAAGUACCUGUGCAACACGUGUGGAGCGACGUUCCACCGAGCCUCAGCGCUGAGCAAACAUCUGAAGAAACAUCAGCCUCGCCCCGACGUGCGGCCCUUCGCCUGCGCACACUGUGAUAAGAGGUUCUUCGAAGCCAAAGACCUGCAGCAGCACAUGAACAAACACAUGGGUCUGAAGCCCUUCCAGUGCCAGGUGUGUGGGAAGUGCUACAGCUGGAAGAAGGACUGGUACUCCCACGUGAAGUCGCACAGCGUGGCCGAGCCCUUCAAGUGUAACGUGUGUGGGAAGGAGUUCUUCGAGAAGGCGUUGUUCAGGCGACACGUGAAGAAAGCCACGCACGGGAAGAAAGGGCGAGUGAAGCAGAACCUGGAGAGAGAGUGUGAGCAGUGCGGCAGGAAGUUCACUCAGCUGAGGGAGUACCGGCGCCACGUCAACAACCACCAGGGUGUGAAGCCCUUCGAGUGCCUGACCUGCGGUGUGGCGUGGGCGGACGCUCGCUCUCUGAAGCGUCACGUCCGCACGCACACCGGCGAGCGCCCGUACGUCUGCCCGAUGUGCCAGGAGGCGCACAUCGACGCCCGAACGCUGAGGAAACACAUGGCCAAAUACCACGGAGACAACCUGCCGGGGAAGAUCAUGCUGGAGAAAGAUACGCUGCAGUUUCACAACCAGGGGACACAGGUGGAGCACGCUGUCAGCAUCCUGGCCUCCGAGCUGCCUCCAGAGCUGAGACCGGCCCGGCAGCCGCCUGCCGAGGAGAUCGAGACGGUGCUGAUCACGGAGGAGACGGUGGAGGCGGUGCAGGCGGUGACGGACGGGUCGUUAUCCACGCUGUCAGAUCAGGGCAUCAUGCAGGUGGUGAACUACGUCCUCUCUCAGCAGGGGUUAACAGACCCCAAGCUGGAGGAGGAGGAAGAGGAGGAAGAGGAGGGAGAAGUGGGAGAGGUGAUCGAGACGAUGGAGGUGGAGGUGGCUCAUGUGGCGGAGGAGGAGUAACUGAAUGGACUGAAUGUAAAAUGUAAAAAGAUUAAUAUUUUUGUAAAUAUGUUGAGGAAAGGGAAUGAUGAUGAGUUACAUGUUCAUGACGUUUGGCACUCAGGAGGAAUAAAAGGUAGAGAUGAAAACAC